GAUAUAAACAAACAACCUAUUAUAUUCUGAGACUUGUUCUAUGGUGUUCUAACUAUUGGCUUCGUCCAUUGGCUUCGUCGCUAAUUUCAGAUUUGUUUACAUUUAUUGACAGCUAAGCUGUAUAAAAAUAAUUUGUUAUUCCGGAUUAGAAGAAAUAGUAAAUAAUUUGGCUGCAUAUUUGUCUUAUUUAUAUUCUAGUGCUGUAUUUAUCAAUUUUUAAUACAUUGAAAAAAUAUAAUUAAUAAAAUGGUUGAUAAGGCGUUUAUUGGAACGUGGGAGAUUGUGAACUGCGUAUUCAGUAAUAUUGAAAAACACUCUUUUAGCAAUUUUACAGGAAAUGAUUUAUUAGGGAUAAAAUUUAUAUUGAGUAAAAACGGAGAUGUAUCAUGGAUAAUACCAGAUAAGUUUAAAAAUAUUCCAUUAUUUCAAUGUGAGACUUACGAGUAUCAUACAAGAACAGGAAUUGUUCCAAACCUACAUAUUUGUUUUGGGGCAUAUAUUGGACAAAUUUUUGAAUUUAGAAUUUAUAAUCUGAAGUCUAAAAAGAGAAUUAUAUUAUCAGGGUGUGGAUUGCAUGAAAUUGAUUGCCAUUAUGUUGAGCAAGCAUCAGACUCUAGUGAGUUUGACAUACCUUUUAGUCUACUACCUGCACUCGAGGAGGAAUAUUUUUCAGACCUUACUAUUAUGGCAAAGAAUAAAAGACAAUUCAAAAUACACAAGAUAAUAGUGUCGUUACAAGCACCAGAUGUAAAUUGGGCUACUGAUCCUCCCCCUUUUUCUUUCCUCUCUGAAGAUACAUUGGGUACAAUAUUAUAUUUUCUGUAUUCUGAAUGCUUACCUGAGGAUUUAACUGAGUCAACUGCUGAAGAUGUAAUAAAGAUUCUGUCAGAGUAUAAAUGUUUGGAAAAGCUGACAGAUGCUUGUAAAAUAUAUUUAACUAGAUUACAGGUUACAGAUGAAAUAUUGGGCUUAUUAAAUGAUAUCCAUUUAGGAAUUUACAAAAUUGCUGAAUAUAUUAGCCCGUCAGCAGUAGAACAUAAAGCAAAAUCGGAUAAAUCAGAUACAAUUUUGGUAAAUCCUGCAACACUCUUUAAUGCUAUUAAACAUUGCUUUAGAGAAGGUUUUGUAGUAAUUGCAAAGUUUAUACAAUUUUGUGAUAUAUUUACUGCUAGGAGAAACAAUAAAUCUAAUGAAGAGCAAGAUGAAAUUCUAUAUAUUUUUAAGUCUAAAGUUCCAAUUUAUAAACAAGAGAUUAAGAAAUGUUUAGAGGGUCUAAAAAGAAAUUACCGAUCAAUGUCUCAAAGUCAAAAAAUUGAACUCGCUACGUUUAUUGUCCCUGAAAUUGCAUCUAUAUUAUCAAUGGGUAUAGCAUUGUUACAAGAUAUAGAUAUAUUUCUUCAAAAAGUUAUUGAUGAACAGAAAUCAUCUAUUGCAAAACCACAGUUAAAGGGCAACGAUAAUAUAAAUAUUCAGUUACCAAAAAAAUUUGGUUUAAAUGAACUUAGUUGUCUUAUUUGUGUUCAGGAGAAUAUUAAGAUAUUAUUAGAGGCGUUGACAUCAAAGAGAGAGCAAUAUGCAUUCAUGACCCUACAGGAACAAACCCAGGUUAUCAGUAGAAUUUUAGAUUAUAUUAUUAAAGAAGAAUUACCAGUUUUUUUAAUAAGGCUUGAUGAAAUUGUUGAUUUAUUUGACGAAAAAUUGGAAUUACACGAAUUUAAGUUUUUUUUCAAAGUCGAAACUAGUAGAGUUACAUAUGCAUUGAGAAAAUUAUUGGAGUAUAGAAAUAGUAUUCAGGGAGUCGUUACUUUACUUUGUGAGAUUAUACAACGAGAUGGUCUUACUCAGACAUUACAAAACUUGAAAUUAAUUCCCGAAUCAAUAAAGGAAAAUGUUUUGGAACCUCACACAAAUGAAGAUAAAAGUACUACUUCUUGUCUACCGCAGAAUCGCCAAGAGUUGAAUUUGGUUAAAUCAUUAUGUGUGCCUCCUGCAGUUCAAGAUAGCAAUCUUUCUAAGAAUUUGGUCAAACUUUUCAGUGAAGGGAUAGAUACUGAUAUGGAGUUUGAAAUUAUCUGUGAUACUAAAGAAAAUUCUUGUGAGAAUAAUGCAACGGCAGAAUCAGACAGACAUAUUUUUAAAGCACAUAGAGUUAUUGUAGCUGCAAGAUGUGAUUGGUUUAGAAGGGCCCUGUUAUCUGGAAUGAAGGAAGCUAUACACAAGAGAAUUGAAAUUCACGAGAUAAAUCCUGUUGUUUUUAAAAUAUUUUUGGAAUAUCUUUAUGGCGGGAAAAUACAGAAACAAGAUCUUUCCAUGGAACAAUUAUUAGAUCUCAUGUUGCUUAGUGACAGGUACGAAAUGGAUGCCCUUAAACAGACUUGUGAGUGUUCUCUUAAGAAGAGCAUCGAUAUUGAUUCUGUAUUGUACCUAUUAAAUAUCGCCUAUCAAUAUAACGCUAUGAUUUUGAAGAAAAUGUGCACAAGGUUCAUAUUAGCUCAUCAUGAACUUAUGGAGGGUGAGGAAUUUGGUGACCUACCCCUUGCUUUACAAUCCGAAAUAAUUGAUAUGGUAUGGACAAUGCCUGAGCCUACAUCCGAUUCUGAUCUUGAGAGUGACGUUGACAGCAUUUAUUCCGACGUCGUUAAUAAACCACCAACAACGUCUGAAGAAGCUGAAGGACAUUCGACUUCGAAGCUCGAGUCGCAGGUGGCACAGUUGCGAAACAUUCUGGGAGAUGCUCCGACGAAAUCUUGUCUGGUGCAACUUAUUUUGGCUGCCGAUUAUAAUCUUGAACGUGCUAUCAACUUUUACUAUUCGGCCUAAUCUAAUAGUUGAUGAUAGAUGACGAAAAAAAUUUUUGAUAUCAAGUUACUUUGUAGUAAGUACUCAUAAAUUCAGCUUUAUUUAGAUUUUACAGAUUUCGAAACAAACAGUAUUAUUUUAAUUUAUUUUUGAUCAACGUAUAUUAUCGUUUGUAUGGAGUGUAUUUUGAAUUUAAAGAAAAUUAUAGACCUUUAUUUGGCUUUUUAAACGCAAAUUUUAAAAAAGAUUUCGAAACAAACAGUAUUAUUUUAAUUUAUUUCUUGAUCAACGUAAAUUAUCGAUUGUAUGGAGUGUAUUUUGAAUUUAAAGAAAAUUAUAGAACUUUAUUUGGCUUCUUAAACGUUCUAUGAACUAUGCUUUUUUUUUGUUUAGAAAUAUAUUUUAUAUAAUUUGUCUUUAGAGGUACUGUGCUGAAAAGCCUAUGCGAGAUUUCUAAAUAUUCUGCAGCAUUUAAAAUUAGUUUGUUAUUUUGAAUCUUUUUAAAAAAUAUUUAAUGAUAAUUAAUUUUUAAUGGCUAAUUAAUUGUAGGCUAUAUUCACAUAGGGUAACUUUUCAUGUCGUCCGAGUGGUUGUAUUACACAGUUAUGUUAAUAAUAAUGUUAAUGUUGUUAAAAUAAAUAUUUGUAAUUGGACAUAAAGCUUCAUUCAGAACUUCCCAAUUAGUGGAAUAAAUUAGUGGUUUCAAUUACACUAUAUACUUUUUAGUUUACGAUCAUUCACAAUGUCUA